CCGACCCCCCUGGAACACGGGCAUAUUUAAGGAGUAUCCGAGACCCUUGCCCUUUGUCCCAGAGGAAACUCCAGUCUUGCGGUACAACUUGACCAUCCCAGAAAAGACCAAUCAUGUGCGACGACGACGAGACUACCGCCCUUGUAUGCGACAAUGGCUCUGGCUUGGUCAAGGCUGGGUUUGCCGGUGAUGACGCUCCCCGCGCUGUCUUUCCUUCCAUCGUUGGAAGGCCCCGUCAUCAGGGUGUGAUGGUGGGUAUGGGUCAGAAAGACAGCUACGUCGGAGACGAGGCCCAGAGCAAGAGGGGUAUCCUGACCCUGAAGUACCCCAUCGAGCACGGCAUCAUCACCAACUGGGACGAUAUGGAGAAGAUCUGGCAUCACACCUUCUACAAUGAGCUGCGCGUGGCCCCUGAGGAGCACCCCACCCUGCUCACUGAGGCCCCCCUCAACCCCAAGGCCAACAGGGAGAAGAUGACCCAAAUCAUGUUCGAGACCUUCAACGUCCCUGCCAUGUAUGUGGCCAUCCAGGCUGUUCUGUCCCUGUACGCCUCCGGCCGUACCACUGGUAUUGUGCUGGACUCUGGUGAUGGUGUGACCCACAACGUCCCCAUCUAUGAGGGCUACGCUCUUCCUCACGCCAUCAUGCGUCUGGAUCUGGCCGGUCGCGACCUGACUGACUACCUGAUGAAGAUCCUGACAGAGCGUGGCUACUCUUUCGUGACCACUGCUGAACGUGAGAUUGUGCGUGACAUCAAGGAGAAGCUGUGCUACGUCGCUCUGGACUUUGAGAAUGAGAUGGCCACCGCUGCCUCCUCUUCCUCCCUGGAGAAGUCAUAUGAGUUGCCUGACGGCCAGGUCAUCACCAUUGGUAAUGAGCGUUUCCGUUGCCCCGAGACCCUCUUCCAGCCAUCCUUCAUUGGUAUGGAGUCUGCCGGCAUCCAUGAGACUGCCUACAACAGCAUCAUGAAGUGUGACAUUGACAUCCGUAAGGAUCUGUACGCCAACAACGUUUUGUCUGGUGGUACCACCAUGUACCCUGGUAUUGCUGACCGUAUGCAGAAGGAGAUCACUGCCCUGGCCCCCAGCACCAUGAAGAUCAAGAUCAUUGCUCCCCCUGAGCGUAAGUACUCCGUCUGGAUCGGCGGCUCCAUCCUGGCUUCCCUGUCCACCUUCCAGCAGAUGUGGAUCAGCAAGCAGGAGUAUGAUGAGGCAGGCCCCUCCAUUGUUCACAGGAAGUGUUUCUAAGCAACCAAACUCGCUACCACUCCAUCCAUCUUGUAGGAACAGAAAUUUGUAUAGAGAUUGAGAAAUGAAGUCUCAGCCAGUCGGGAGUGAAGUCAGAAAUCUCAGAGAGCUUUAUUCACGGAAUCCGGAGACCUAUGUCGUGUUGCUAACAGACGCAGUCGCUCAAGCAGUUGACCAUAUCUAUAAGGCUGUAUCCCCUAAUGACCGACAUCUAUGGAAUCCAGUCAAGAUUGACCCCUUCUCUAAGGCACACACAAGCAGCAUGAUUUCACCAACACCUUGAACAUGGCAUUCCACAGAUGUUGUCUCAUAAAUCUCUCCUUCUACUUUCUCCUUACAGCAGCAUUUCCAUCUUUAACAUGUUCACAGAGCACACCAAACGAGUCAAUGGGUGAAUAUAGCACACACAUAUAUGGUAAACACCUUUAAGGCCAACAUUUCUUACUACAAUCUCUCUGUCUCCAUUUGUACUGUUUACUGUAUAUACAUGUCUUGUUUUAAUAAAAAUAGUUACCCAUGACAGUA